CUUCAAACUCAUUCCACUUGGUCGUUCUUGAAAGUGAAAUAAUGGAUUCUCAGCACCUUGACAAUGAAGGCGGCACCCAUAUGGAAAGCGGUACUGACGGGCAUGGGGAAAAGAGAAAAGAGCCCGAUGAGAAAGAUUUCGCACCUCCCGAUGAUCUCAUCAAGAGAAGAGACAACAAAAUUGUUGUCACCUCUGACAAGGACGAGGAUGACGAUGACGAUCAAUACGAUGAGUUUUAUGUCUUUGAGACAGCAGGCGGUGAUGAUGAUAAGGGAUUGGAAGCUGCAGUGGUUGCGCGGAACCAUAAAGGUUCAGAAGCUGAGAAGCGAAUCUAUACGCUUAAAAAGGAACAAGAACUAUAUGACAGUGUUUCGGAAGAUGAUCCAAAUUAUCACAGUAAGAGGAGGAUCAGAGCUACGUUAACUAGGAAUGGUGAAGUACUAUGGUCAAUGAUGCGUUUCAUCAGUUGAUAUUUAAAAAAUGUAAUCUCUUCUGAUUAUUUAUAAAUGCCUUUUUCUCUGGUUAGUAAAAAUAUGUCGCUAUUGUUGGAUCAUGACACAUUUGCCGCAUGUGUAUUUUAUAGAGUAUUUAUCAGGGAUGCAUUUGAGUUAGGUCUGAGUUGGUUGAGUAUACACACAUACUACGUACAUUUGUAUAUGCAUGUGGGCAGUGGCGGACCCACUAAGGGUCCCAUGGGGUCCCGGGACCCG